UAGGUUAUGCUACAAGUUUGUUUUCUAUUUUCUAUAGAUUUGUUUAUUGUAAGUUUUUGUGUAAAUUAUAAACUUCAUUGAAUUAAACAAUCUAUAAAUUUGUUUCCUGCAUAAACAAUGGACUUGCAAUGUAUAAACAGCAUUGAUUGUAAUCAAGGAGCAGUAAGAGCAGUAAGAUUUAAUGUGGAUGGUUCUUACUGCCUUACAUGUGGCUCAGACAAAAAACUGAAACUUUGGAACCCCUAUCGCAAAUUACUCCUUAAAACAUAUGGUGGUCAUGGGAAUGAGGUCCUUGACGCUGCCGGCUCCUGUGACAGCAGUCAAAUUAUAUCUUGUUCAUCAGAUAAGUCUAUUAUCGUCUGGGAUGUGUCAACAGGACAGCCUAUAAGGCGACUAAGAGGCCACAUAUCAACAGUUUCUUGUGUCAAAUACAAUGAAGAAUCAACUGUUGCAAUAUCAGGGGGUUUAGAUAAUUUUGUUAUGUGCUGGGAUUUGAGGUCCAGAAGCCAAGUACCAUUUCAAACCAUAAAAGACGCUAAAGAUUGCAUUUCUUCUAUUAAAGUGAGUGAUCAUGAAAUAUUGACUGGGUCAGUGGACUGUUGUGUAAGGAGGUACGAUAUAAGAAAUGGGAGAUGUGAUACCGAUUUUGUUGGAAGUGCAAUCACUUCUGUGAGUUUUUCGAAUGAUGGGCAAUGCAUUCUGGUGAGUUCUGCGGAUAAUGUAGUGAGAUUGUUGGAUAAAAAUGGUGGAGAACUUCUUGGAGAGUACAAAGGCCAUAAAAUCAACAAUUUAAACAUUGAAAGUGAUAUUAUAACAAAUGAUAGUUAUAUUUUAUCUGGGUCGGCUUCAGGAGAAUUAUGGUGUUGGGACUUGGUCUCAGCAGAGGUCAAACAUAAAUUCCUCCAUACAAGGAAUAAAGCAUUAACAUCUCUUAGCGUACAUCCUACAAAGGACAUUAUUCUGACAGCUUCUGUUGGUUCAUUAAAACUAUGGAGCAACCCUGAAGAUCUACCUAAAGACGAAUAAUAACCCAAACUGCAAUAAAUAUAUUAUAUUUUCUUAAAUAACACUAAUUGUACAGUUUGGUCAAUAAGGUUCAUAAAUUAACAAAAAAGAGUAAAAGCAUUCGAGAUCCAAAGUUGUAAAUACUUCAUAUAAAUAUAUCACUUAAGGAUUUUAAGAGACUUUAGGAUUGUGAUAGUAGCUGCGUGGCUUCAGGCAAAGUGAGGUCCAUUAGUUGUUGUAAAAAUCGAUUCAUUUUUUGGGUAAAUACGGUGAAUCUGUGUGGUUUAUUUUUCCAUUUUAUGCAAAGGUAGUAAACUGGAAUACCUAGAAUAAAAAAUGAAAGUCAGUA